AUGUCUAGCAGUACAGCUCGAUGGUUGACGAAAGCCAACAGGAUUUUGCGUCUCUACAUGUCUAGAGAAGUGGCAUCUGAACCUCUCAGAAGAGUAACGCAUUUCAUUUUGAACUUUUACGGACCCUCUUGGUUCAAAAUUAAAUCAAAUUCUCCUUGCCGAAAUGGUGCUACCAACUUCUUUUACUUGGUUCAGUUGUUUCGGGAAUUUGAUGCCUUAGAUCAGGCUGUGGUUCGUCCUGUUCUCAAAAAUAACUGCUACUUUGCGCAUGCUGAAAACAUUCUCUUAGCUGCACCCGAUGUUCCAUGUCAUUCACAGGCAAUUAAAGACGUGAGCGCUGCCAGCUGUAAAGUUUAUAGGAGAAAGUCCCGUCAUGGCAUGGUGUUACAGAGUAAGAAAUCCAAAUUAGAGAUACCAAAAAUAGACAGCAAGAAAGAUUUUAUUAACAGUUAG